GCACAGUAAUGGUUCCUCGUGUCGAAAUACAUGAGCACGAAAAGGUAGGUACAAACAUGGCUACUGAUUCUUGAUAUACACAUAAACAUAAACAAUCAAUCACGUUCCAAUUUUUUGAUCUCUGAAUCUGAGCCACAGAGGCAGUGCUUUAACCUUUAAAGUUGCCCCCUUUUACCCCCCUCUACUCCUUAAUUUCCAUUUAUAAGAUCUAGCUAGGGUUAGGGUUAUCCUUUGUCCACUAAUAACAACCGACAUAUAUGUCUGUUAUUGUUUUCAAGGCUCUGCCCUAAUCUAGAAAGAGAACAAGUUAAUUCAACUUGUUGGGGCAAUCAAGCAUGAAAAAGCGGCAAGUGGUGAUGGUGAGAAGAGAUGCUUCUGCUUCGGAUAAUAACAACAAUAAUAAUAAUAAUAAUGUUGUUAAGUACGGAGAGUGUUUGAAGAAUCAUGCUGCCAAUAGCGGUGGAUAUGCCGUGGAUGGUUGCAGAGAGUUCAUGGCCAGCGCCGCCGAGGGAACCACCGGGGCUCUUACCUGCGCCGCUUGUGGCUGCCAUAGAAACUUCCAUAGAAGAAAGGAACUAGCUGCACCAUCCAGGAAUGAGGACAAUAUCAUGUGAUGGUGGCCUGGUGAUGAAUGCGUGAUGUAGCACAUGAAAUAAACAGUGAAGUUUGCUGUGUUAUACUGUUUAUUACAUAAGGAAUCUGAUGGGGCCUUAGGGUGUUUUUUACAUAGGGAGGGGAUUGGCCUAUAUAUAUGUUGAAGGCUUAGUGUCUUUAAUUUUCACUGUUUGGAGCUUGGAGUGUUUGAGGCCAACUUUGUCCGUUGCCAAAUUCCCCUUAACACCAUUAUUUAUGUUUCGUACGGACAUCAAAUUCUAUCAUAUCAUAUCACAAUAAUUGCACCAUCGCAAUAAUAAUAAUCACUGCAGCCCGCUGCAGAAUGAAUGAAUGAAUGUUACAAUAACGCCAUUAUUCAUUCUGCAGCUUGGCUUAAAAUAGCAAAAGGCGGCCAUGGAUUCAGUUACUACUCACUGUCACAAUUUCAAAUCAUCAACAGCCUAAUAUAUAUAUGCCUUAGGUAGG